AUGUUGAAUCGUACGGUUAUAAUUUCGUUCUUUCAUCGUUGGGUAGAAACAUCUAUUGCGGAAUAUUUAGAUGUUUCUACCGACAAAGAUUCUUCUUACUUCUCUGUAACCAAGAUGCCCUCUGAGAAGAAGAAAAAAAUUCUGCACAACGUAUAUCUAUCUUCUAUCUAUUCUUUCCUUAUAGCGAGUACGUUGAUCACUAUGGUUUUACCAUUUAUAUAUUAUUUGUCGUUAACCAAGAAUUAUUUUAAAUUUAUUCAUUAUUUCAAUCAUCAUCAUAUCAUUGGUAAAAAGUCGUUAAUCCAUAGAGAUGCUUCCAUGUAUCAUAACAAGUCAUUACGGUUAUGUGUCUUUUGGUUCCUAUUUGCUCUAAUAGCAAAUUUGUAUAAAGCACAUUUUGAUCUGAUGAUUAUUACCAAGAGAGCUGGAAGAAUCGCGGUGGCUCUCAUGCCUCCCUUGUUGUUUUUAACGUUAAGACCUUCUCCUUUACCCAAGAUAUUAUAUUUAUGCUUGUUACCGAUGCAUAAAUGGAUCUCAAGGAUCGUAGUCUUACAAUCCUUAUUCCAUACAAUCAUGUAUACCUGGUAUAUGGUUUCGAUGGGGACCUUCAGUGUAAAAAUUAGGAAACUAGCAAACGUUUAUGGUGUUAUUGCUAUGGUACUUUUCAUUGUGAUUGCUAUUACAUCAUUACAGGUAGUUAGAAGGAAUAAUUAUAGAUUAUUUUAUUAUGUUCAUUAUAUUUCUACUUGGCUGACAGUGGUCUUGCUUUAUUUCCAUGCAAGACCAGGCGUUCCAUUUUUUACUGGUUUGAAUUGUACGAUUCUAUCAUUUCAAAUAUUCUAUAGAUUAUAUUUAACCAAAACCACCAAGAUUACCACCAUACCUGUAUCACCAACUAUCACUAUAGUUGAAUUCCCAUUAACUAAAUUAAGGAAAAAACCUAAAUUGCCAGCUGCACAUAUCAGAAUUUCCAUUAAACAUAAAAAUAUAUUUAGGAGAGUUAUCUCAUGGAUUAUUCCAUAUCAACAUCCUUUCACUAUUGCUUCUUUACCAGAUGAUAAUAUUGUUAGAUUAAUCAUUAGAAAUGGGAAUUUCCCCUUGAUUUCAAAUCAAGACUACUAUGUUACUGGUGUCUUUGACCCUGAAUUGCCCUUUGUAGAAAACACAAACCAAAAUAUCAUACCUCAAUGUUCUCCUUUGAAUAACUAUAAUAUCACAGUCAAGAGAGUCUUGAUGUGUGUAGGUGGUUCAGCAAUUUCAUUCGCUCUACCCUUGCUGAGAAUUUUGAAUUAUAAUGGUGUUAAUGUAAGAUUAAUUUGGGUAUCAAGAGACUUUAGAGAUUUGAAACUAUUGAACCAUUUUAAAAAUAAUUGUCAAGGUUUAGAAAUUUAUAUUAGUGGAUGUUCUGGUGACGAAAGAGAUAUUGAAAUUGGUUAUGAAGAUAUUUUAUCUACUACAAUUUCAAAUACAAAUUCAAAUUCAAACUCAAACUCAAAUUCAAAUUCAGAUGAAAUUGAAGAUGAAGAAUUAGAUGAAGUUUCACCCUUAGCUGGAGUAAAACCACAUGCUUAUUAUGGCAAUUUAUCAUCUAAUCUAACCAAUAAUUCUUCAAAUUUACUGCAUUUUUGUUCAAAUCUGAAAAGCAUUACAGAAAAUACACCGUUAUCUUUAACAAAUAAUAAUAAUACUACAAAUUAUCAUGCCUUUGCUAAUUGUGAUGAAUGCCCUGCAAAGGAAAUAGAUUUCACUAUGGAUAGUUGUUUAGUUGGUGGAAUCGACCAAGAAGAUGAAAUUGAUUUUACUCAAACUUUUUCUGCUAAUUCUAAAAAUUAUAAAAAAAAUUCAAAUAAUCAAAAUUUGAAAAAGUCAUCAAAUCAUAAGACAAUUACUCCUAAUAAAAUCAUUCUUGAUAAAAAAUUUUAUUCCACUCCAGCGACACCAUUUAGAAGAAAAUCAGUCAUCGAAGUACCAAAAUAUUGUCCAAAUAUUGAUAAGAAUUCAAAACCGAAGAAAUUGACAAACACGACCGUCAAUUCAUGUUUAAGUUCAUCAUCAAGAACUAGUGCAGACUUGGAAAUAUCACCUUCAACAUCGGUAGACUCAGAUCGUAAAAUUAUAAUACCCUCGGGGAUCCAAGUAUAUUUUGGAAGGCCAACAUUGACUAGUGAACAUUAUAAAUGGUGCAUGCAACAAGAUUGUAAUACUCCAAGAGAUGGAUUUUGCCAAUUGGAAAAUGACCAACAUUCUCAUAUUGAAACAUUACAAAACAUUUGGGUCGUUGCUGCUGGCCCAAGAGCAUUGAUUGAAAGUACAAGAAGAUGGGCAAGUGAUGGUGGUUUACAUUUUUAUUCCGAAGAUUUCGCUAUUUAA